GCCUUCUCACCAGGGGGCGCCUAGGCCUAGGGGCAGGGCAGGGUUCUUGCAGCCCCUUCUAGCUCCCAGGUCCCAAUCAUGCUACAGACCCGAGGUCCUCAGUACCUCUAGCACCUUCCAGGGCUCCCGGGGCUCCCCUCUGGCCCGAACCGGCUGGGCCAGACCCUGCGUCCUCUGCUUGCUCUUCGCCCUCUGCGGCCUAAGCCUCCCUCCUGCCCCAGCUUGAACUCCUACUGCUUAGGUCGGUCCCCAAGUGUGGCCCCCACCCCCUACCAACCACCGAAAUCCCACCCACCCUCGGUCCAAGCCCUGCCUCCUGGAAGCCUUCCCGAACUGCAGAGCACGCACAGAGCCUCUCUCCUCUCGCUGCCUCCUGCUCAGGACCGCAGCGCGGCCUGCCACGCUGUCCCAUCCCGCUACACUCCAGUUCCACCGCAGCUGCCAAGCCUCUGGGCAGGACCAGCAGCAGCUGCCUGGCUUUCCUAGGGAGAAGAGAAAGGGCAUCAGGACAAACUGGGAACCGAGAGUCUGUUUCUGAAGACCUUGAAGCAGGUGGCUUGGCACUUCAGUGAGCAAGGACAUGAGUGGAGAGAAGGAGGAGGACUUGUUCAGGAUACUCAGGAUUUACAGUGAACCAGAGCCAGAAAGCUCUGAUAUUUUUUCGCAGCACGAGCAACCAUUGCAGCACGAGCAACCAUUGCAGCACCAACUGGUCAGUCAUCAUAGACCAUCCCAGGUGUCCCCAUGUCUCCCAGAAUCGCAGCUUCGCCCUGUUUAUCAAGAGUUGAGCACUAUGACCCAGCUGCAGCGGGAUAUCUGGGGCCUAGAUACCUCUGAGCUCCAGGCCACAUGGUUUUCAGAGGGGGAGAUAGGUAAAGCAGCCCAGGCUGGCCCAAGCCCCCCACCAGGACCUGUGCUUGACCAGCCCUGCUGUUCUUCAUCCUCUGGCAGCAGCAUGGUCCGCUCACUCCUCAGAGCAAUUCCUCCUGUUCCAGAUAAACUAGUGGUCAGGCAGAGGACCCCACGGGGUGCCUGGAAGGUUGGCACACUCUGCCAUGGAAGGAAAGUCUCUGCUAUUGCCGUCAGUGGUUCAACCCACCACGUGUACACAUGUGGCACCGGCUACAUCCGGGUAUGGGAUGAGAGUGCUCUGCAGGCCUGGGACAAGUUCCCUCAGGCCCAGCUGGACCUUCAGCACCCAUACGACUGUGUCCUCACCUGCAAGCUGUUCCCUGAUGAGCGGAGCCUGAUCACAGGGGGCAAGGCCCAGACCCUGACUCUCUGGGACUUGGUGCCCACGCCUCGGGUCCGAACGAACCUGGCUUCUACAGGGACCAUGUGCCAUUCCCUGGCCAUCUCCUCAGACGCCCAGAUCUGCCUGGCUUGUUUCAAAGGAUUUGUGGAGAUCUGGGAUUUGCAGAACCAAAUUUUGAUCAGGAAACAUGAAGUCCCCAUCUAUGGGUCCCGCUGUGUUGACAUCACAGGCAAUAAGUUCUGGACAGGAGGUGAAGACACCAUCCUAUACUCCUGGGACCUGAGGAACUACCAAAGGCUGCACCAGUACAGCUUACAGAAUGAGAUCGUCAGCAUCACUCACGACCCCAGUGAGGAAUGGCUCUUGGUGGCCAUGAGAAACAGUAAUAUCAUGAUCCUACACACUCAUCGGAUGGAGAAGUUCAAGGUCAUCAUCGAAAGAUUCAACUUCUUCCACAACCUCAAGUUUGCGUCCUGUGGGAACUACUUUGUGACCACACUGGACGAGACAAUCCGAGGCUUAGCGGCACCUUCUCUGCAAAGGCUGUUCCAGGUACAGGAGUCUUCAGAGAUCUUCUGUUGUGAUGUGUCUACUGAUAACAAAUAUCUGGUCACGGGCUCUAAGAACAGUGCCACAGUUUACCAGCUCUUAUACUGAAGGUCCCCUGCCAUUGCCCUGCCAGUGAAGACCAGAGAAGGCCAAUGUGACCUCGGGGUAUUGGAUAGCUUCAACUCCUGCCACCCCCUCAGCCUCAGCCCAGUGGCUGGUCACCUGUGCCAGGCACUUCCAGCUUGCCCUCUGGGUUUUUAUUUUAUGGCUUAGAGCUUUUGUUAUUUUUCUACAACUGAUUUCUAGGAAACUUUGAGAUAUAGCCUUCAUACUUAAUAAAAUAGCAAAGCUGAAAU